AUGGCCCAUAUCGAUACCCACAUGCCCCCCGCUUCCCACUCAUCAUCCAGCAGUCCUGCCCGUCACACCCACAACCUCUCGCCAGACGAAAAACCAGAGGAAUUUAGCCCACUCAAGGAUCUUUUAAGGACCGAAACGAUAUAUGUCGAUCUCCUCACAGGUAUCGUACGAAAAGUUGCGGCAGCAUGGUCACGCACAAAUCUCCCUCCUCCAGAGCUGGACGCCAUGUUUCGCAGCGUAGAGAGUGUCUACAAGGCAAAUCGUGCAUUCACCACGAAACUCAAAGCAAUCGGUGCAAAUCCUUCCUCACCCAGAGCUCUCGGAGACUUGUUGAUCCGAUGGAUCGACGACCUUGACACCCCUUAUACCUCAUAUUGUACCAAAUUCUGUCCUGGUUUUGACGAGUGGGAUCCUGUAAGCAGCAACUCGAAACUAGGCGGCAUUCUUCGGGAUUUCUCCCAGUCACACCCACCCCACCUGGCUAGUGGUCGCUUCCUGAAUCUGAAUGAUCAUGAGGUCUGGUCAUUGGACACGCUAUUCCUACUCCCCAUGUCAAGAUUGCAUUACUACAAGGAACUAUACGGACGACUGCUAGAGGGCACUACUCCUGGGAGGAGUGACCAUCGCUUACUCAGCAGCGCGUUGGACAAAAUGGAUCGUCUACUGGCCACUCUAGACGAGAAAGCACGUCUGGGCGGCCUUUCAUCAUCGAAGGUCUUGGCCGUAAAUGAGCGCGACAGAGCUGGCGGUGAAGGGCCGUUGGCUGAACGGACCAACGAGAUAAUGGAUCACCAGCUCUCAGACAAGUUGGAUCGUCUCAAGCUCGAGUUAGACAGACCCGCUGCCCAGGAAAAUGAUGCAGCGAGAGGGCGAGACCGGAAGGCAAGUCCGGCGCCUGUUAUUCGAGAACAGACAAGAAAACCGCCAUCGUCUGUAUCUGAGUUGGAGUCACGUUUGUCCACUGAAAAUAUCCUCGAUCUGUUUACCAUGGAGCCUAGGCAACUGCGUCUGCAAAUGAAUCCCCCAUCACUCACAUACACGCGUGAAGUAAAAUUAUCAGUUGACGUUUUUAUACGCUUUACGCCUCGAUCUACUGGGGUGGAGACCACUCAUCCUCAGGGUCACGUCUAUGUCUUGUCAGAUCUGUUCCUCAUUUGUGAGAAGAUGACUCCUGGGGAGGUCACUCCAGGAGACAACCACGACAUACGGCUAUGUUAUCCCCCUCUGGCAGGCAAGGUUUUGCGUGUUUCAGAGGUCAGCGGUCAAGAUAACGUACUUCAAGUAUUAAUCAUGAGGCAAGAGACGUUGAUCUUGGAGGUGGCAUCAAAGCAAAUCCGGAACAAGAUCAUGAAAGAAAUCAAAGCAUGCACCGAGUUUGCAAAGUCAGUAUCUUCGACCCCUAAGGGAGCAAUACCGCCUUUGCCCUCAUUGCCAAGUUUGCCUCCUAUAAUACCCACGUCCUUUGAUCUGGAGGAUAGUCUAAAUUUACAAGAGACUCCAAAGCAGAUCGAGGAGCCCAAGGGAGUCAAUGAGGUCAAAGAAGUCAAAGCAGCUUUCCAAUACCCAGCGCGAGGGAUAUCACUCGAAAGAGUAAGUUCGCCACCAGGAAGACAGUCUUCUCACUCCCAGAACUCUGUACAACGAACUUCGACGCCUUCCAUUCAUCGCACCUCUUCAACACCUUCUUUUCAACGUCAAUCGCAAGACGACUUUCAACAGAUGCAGCAUCCACCCAUGCCUCAGCGGCCUCCUUUUCAAAAUCAGGACACUUUUCAUAAUCAGGACUUUUCUUAUAAUCAGGAUACCAGGAACUACCCCCCACAACCACACAUGCAUCCAGACCACCAACCCUUUAUCCUACCAUCUCCCUCUCAACAGGGACCUCCUUACCAUCCUCAACAAGGACCACCUUAUCAUCCUCAGCAGGGACCACCUUACCACCCUCAACAAGGACCGCCUCAACAAGGACCCCCUUACCAAAUCCACCAGGGGCAAUCUUACAGCACUCCUCACAUGCGCCCUCCAUCAGAGCCUUCGUCGUUCCCACGAGCUGUCAGGAAAUCGAGCUCUUCACGUUCUCUCGCAUCACAAGAGUAUAUGGCUCGCGCAUACGAACCGCCCCCACCCUCUACAAUGCCGUCAACUCCGUCAACAAUGAUGCGGUCCCAUCCUCAGCGCACGGCUUCUCGCGGUUACAUGGGCGAGUCUCCCGGUUCUCGUCCUGUGUUGCCAUCAAUGCAGAUGCCAGGCUCGAGAACAAAUUCAUAUGCUUCUGGUUCAUUCCGUCAGGCACCGGAUUCCCCAGUGGAGGAGAUGCCAUCCUCAAUAGGACUCGGCCCAUCGAGCAUUUGUGAACAGAUGUCUUGCAAGGUGUUCAUUCAACAGAACCAUUCUCAAUGGAAGCCUCUCGGGGUCGCGAACCUAAAGUUAUACCGCCAAAAUUCCUCCAACGUCAAGCAAUUGGUUGCAGAGACUGAUAACAAAGAGAGGGCUGUUAUCAUUUCUACAAUCGUCCUGGUUGAUGGCGUAGAAAGGGUGGGUAAAACCGGGGUGGCGAUCGAGCUUAGCGAUGCACGAGGGAUGCGCACAGGCACGAUAUACAUGAUACAACUGCGCAACGAGGCUACGGCAGUGAGAUUAUUUGGGAGUCUCUUAGCAGGUUCCGAUCGUUCACGGACGCACUGA